AUGAACGGCUCUAUAUCUGGUAAUUUGACGGUAUACGCGAAUAUUGUCAAAUUCAGCUGUCACCCAGGAUUUAUCCUGCGUGGUUCCUCAGUACGAAAAUGCCAGUCUAAUGGAACAUGGGAUGGUUAUAAGACGAUUUGUGAAGGUACAAUUUGUAAAAACUCAAGUGGACAGUCUCCAAGUCGAUUGCCUGACCUACUUUUGGCCUUGCUUUCAUUUCAGUUUGUUAUUUUUUUUCUGCUAGGUUAAUUUUUGUGAUGUUUGAAAUGUAAUGAAUUGUCAUCAGUGAGAGUUUUAAAUAAGAUGUGAAUAGAUCAACACAAUAAAAGACUGAAACGGUUUGAGCUAUACUUGUACACGUUUUAACGGUACGUUGUGUCUUUUUUAGCGAAUAUAGCCUUUGUUUUUAUUUGAGUUGAAUCAAGACGUUCUUUGUCAGUGGGCGGUAAUGCCUAAUUCCUUACCAUAAUAUCAACUUGGUAUUUCCUGGAAAGUAAACUUUCAUUUCAUGAUGGCUAACACACGGGCGGACGGUCGAUCAACGGCAUAAUUUAUUUCUUCUUUUUGCACAAAUGAGUUUUGUAUCGAAUUUGUUAACUGUCCACCGAGGUAGAGAAAAUAAUGACACCCAGUCUCAGUAAAUAGUUUUCUGCAGCCACUGGUUGUAGACGAGUAGUUUGUCCAAUGAUGAUUAGAUAGAUUUAUUUAUCAAAUGAUGGGGUUCUGUAUUUCAGCAUUUAAAAGUAAUGGGAUGGAGAACAUUGAACUCCUUAAACCCCAUGGCUUAAAAUAUCAGGCAAAUAGGGCAUGCUGAAGAGUGGAUAGCGUUUCUCCAUUCCAUUUAAACUGAACUAAAAGACCUAAAGCAACGAAAAGAGAUAAAAAUAAAGUAAGCUCUAGUAUUGUAUGCCGGUCUUUUUUAUAAUGUUAAACCAAUUUUCACCAGUAAUAUUAUUUUUUCAACAGCAAAAGAUUGUGGCGCACUUAACGCUCCAAGGAAUGGAAGUUUAGUUGAUAAUUUGACUACAUAUCCACACAAAGUGCAAUUUUUGUGUGACGAAGGCUUUGAGCUGCAAGGAUCGAAAAUAAGACAGUGUCUGUCAACAGGGAAUUGGAGUGGAACCGAUAGUUCAUGUGAUCGUAAGUAGAUAGUUGUAAGACAAGUGUUUGAUAGUCUAACAGAGAGCUCUUGACCAAUUUUGAGGAGUGUUUUGAGAAAAUUUGAGUAAUUGUUGGAAUUAUUUUUACUCUUGUAGCUGUAAACUGUGGUGGUCUAUCAUCUCCCAUGAACGGCUCUAUAUCUGGUAAUAUGACGGUAUACCCGAAUAUUGUUACAUUCAGCUGUGAUCCAGGAUUUAUUCUUCGUGGUUCCCCUGUGCGAAAAUGUCAGUCUAAUGGAACGUGGGAUGGUUAUGAGACGACUUGUGAAGGUAAAUAAACACAUGCCCCAUGCAGACCCGACGUGGACAAAAAGGGAAAAAUUAAAGAUGAAAUAUUUUGUAAAUGCUGUCAUACAGUCAAUCUUAUCAAAUAUUCCUGGAGAUUUUAAAGUUCUGCCAUGCAUGCCGACCUGUCUGUAUUAGUUUCAACCCACUGGUAAAGUACACUAGUAGGUAAUAUUCUAUAUUUCAAAACUUCUCUCAGGAAUGCCUUUCCCGGAGAAGCUUUUUAACCUUUUUUUUUCAUAUGGGAAGCUAGCGGCGUGACCCAACAGCGCUUCCUGUUCGUGAUGAUUUUUAUGAUCUUUAAGAUAUCUUUGGACUUAACAAGAUCUAUAAAGAGCUGAUUUGCCCGGCUUUCUGGAUACUUCUCGGGAUAUCGCAUUGUUUAUAAAUUUUUAAUUUGAUUUCUGUUGUUUGUUCUCUUCAUCCAAAAACAUUAUACGCACUGUUGUCUCUUUAUCUAACUUGCUAUCUUUGGUGUCGUAGACGAUUGAAGCAGUCUACUCUCUUUACCUUAUGAUGUAUACGUUUGUAAAAACUUGUUUUUUCUUACUGGAUUUUACUCCGAAGACCCAUUUAUUUUGACAGACUGCUGUAGGUAGAUAACAGGCGUUGGAAAAAGAAAAGUCGAAAAGUCGCCAGCGCUAUAGGAACAAAUCGAAAAGAAUAAAGAGAAAACAAGCCAAGCGAAAAAAAAAUUAUUAAAAGACAAAAGCAAGAACAAACAAACAAACAUAAAGGUUCAGUAGAGAGUCGAACCCUAGUGGCUCUCCUUCUUGUGGACUCCGAGACAACUUCGCACGUCAAGGAUUUUUCGUGGAAAUUCAAGAACAUAAAAACAAUUAUUAGAAGUACAUUAAGUUUAAGUGUUGCAUAUUACCUUAACUGCAGAAAUAUGCUUUUUUAUUCAACAGUAAAAGAUUGUGGUGUUCUUAAAGCUCCAGUCAAUGGAUCUUUAGUUGGUAAUCUAACUACAUAUCCGCACAAGGUGCAAUUUAUGUGUGACGAAGGCUUUAAUCUACGAGGAUCGAAAAUAAGACAGUGUCUGUCAACCGGGAAUUGGAGUGGACAGGACUCUUUCUGCGAAGGUAUAGACAGGGUUAUAACGAAAGUCUUAGUUUGAUUAUGUAUUCAAAAAAAAUCAACAAAAGAAAACAAAGGACAUAUAGCGAGUGACGUCAAAUUUGACAUAAUCUUCAGUGUUAUUUGUUCCUGCAAAAUUGUGUUUUCCUGCUAAAUACUGUUUUUAGUAAAUAAUGUCACUUUCUAUACACCUUCUUCUUCUUCUUCUCCUCCUUGAUUUCCCUGUAUAGAAAUUCAAAAAUGGAAAGUCAAGUCGGCCGUGUUAUUUUGAUGAUGAUAUCUUAAAUAUAAUACCAAUGUAAUGGCAGGUUUUCCCCUUCACUGUUCUGUAAGCUUCUUUUGGUAAGAUAUAUCCUUUUUAGUCUCGCAUGCUUUUGCAGCGAAACUCUUAAAAUUUUCGUGUGUGCACGCCAGAAGGAUCAUGGUCCCGACUAUCCUAACGGAGAUCGUGGAGACUGGGGAUAAGAAUCGCGGCGUGACGUAGAGUGACAUGCAUAUGUUUUGUGAAGAAAGUUAAUAGGAGAGAUUAAGAGAUUUCCGGAACGGGACAGUCCACCAACUUUAUCACUUGAAAGCGUUGAUUACUUUGGAACAACUGAAUACUUCAGUGGUCGAAAAAAAAAGAAGAGUCUUGGUGCGCAAAACUUCGACGGUGAGGCUAACUGGUCGGGUGCCGUAAACUUUCGUUGUACGCAAAUGAGAGUUGUGAUGAGCGUGCGGGUUUUUUUGGGCGAUGAUUGAAAUGACGCGCCAUGUUCAUCGCGUUUUCGUUCUUUGGCAAUGAUGUAAUUUUUCUUGAAUGGAGGCUCUUGAUUUUUGUUUACGUAUUUAUACACGCGUACUCAAUUAAUCCAGAAACAAAUCGUUGAAUGCGAUAUAAAAAGCAAAUAUCCUGAAGAAUACUCGACCGUCCAUAAAGAAGGACGUGAUUUGAAAAGAGCGUGGCUAUAAGGAGAACAUUUUGAGAAUGACCUCUCCUCUGUACAUUCAAUGAAUUCUGUUUUUGCAAUACAUGUAGAGGUCUAUGAAGAUGAAAUGCUGUAUGCAGCCCACUUGAAAGAUUAACACUUGUUCCCGUGUCACGUUUACAAGUCUAGGCAACUAUUAUUCUCCUAGUCUUUGCCUGACGUUUGAAAGGGCUCUCGAGACUGACGCGAUGAGCCGCGCCAGAGAACUCAGUCCGUAAGAUCUAAUCUAGAGGUCAUGGGUUCAACUGUCGUCAUGGUCAAAAACAGUUUCCUUAAUUCCAGAUCUCGCUUCCCUUAUAGAAGUUGCGGUUUAGAUGGAUUUGUCACAUCUUAGUACUCACAAUGGUUAAUUUCACUUAUGUAUUUUGAUCCUAGUCUAGUCUUCUUUUCUCUAGUGGUUGACUGUGGUCCCAUAACUGUCCCUGUGUAUGCCAUAUAUCACGGAAACUCCACAAAAUACUUAAGUGUUGUAACAUUUAGCUGCAAGGAAGGAUUUUUUCUCUACGGUGAAGCUAGUCGAAUGUGUCAAGCAAAUGGAAAGUGGUCAAGUGUGAAUAUGUCCUGUCGAGGUACUGAGUUAUUAUUUUUUUAUUGUAAUAGUUCAUUUCGAGUCAGCCAAACGUGAGAGCAUUUGUUAAAACUUAAUAAUAAACACUACAAACGACUUACUGGUAGUAUGAAGCAAUUCUGUAACAGUCAGUUCAGAAACAAGUAAAUAAAAGCGUCAUCGUAAUGUCCAUAUCAAGACUAUUUAAGUAACAAAUUAGGCGGGUGUUGAUGGUCUAUUGAUGCUCUUUGUAUGACAAAACGGUGACUUUUUUUCGAUUUUAUUUACUUGUCUUGUUUCUUUUUCACUAAAUCACUAUUGAUCCUCAAUUCAGAAACUUUAAUAACUCCGCGCUAACCAGCCAAGAAAAAGUUAAUUGACUUAUUAAGCACGUUACAAAAUAAUCGAGAUCUAAAUUUAACGUAAAUAUAACCGGCGUUUACAUAAAAUAUAGAAUAUAUGUCGUAGGACGGGACUGUGGAAAGCUGGCGCCUCCUGAACACGGCUGGAUCUUUGGAGCCAAGACAACGCAUCCCAAUAGCGUGUUCUUUAACUGUGGAGCUGGUUACACACUUGUCGGAUCUUCAAAGAGAACCUGCCUCAUAAAUGGGUUAUGGAGCGGACAACAACCACAGUGUCUUGGUAAUAAAAAAAAUGUCGUUUUUAGUUUUCGGUCAUAGAUCAACAAUUCAUCUGAUACUACAAUCUGGUAAUAAAACCAAUCAGUACUCAAUAACUCUCUCUUUUGGUUUGUUUGUUUGUUUGUUAUUGUUGUUCUUUUUGUUGUCUCUGUUUAGGAAAACUUUUGAUAAUACACUUUUUCAAUUAUGAGAUUAGGCCAGGUUUAGGUGUGCCAACUUUUUUUAGCCACGUGGGUCUUCGUUUGCACACUUAAAAUCUCUAUCCGGCUUAAAAUUAGUUUUAGCUGUUGUUAAAAUAAAGAAACUUGACACAUCAGAAACUUUGCCUGUGACUUUUUAAAAAAGAAAAUGUAUUCGCACCCUGUAUUUGUGUCCUCACUGUUAGUGCAAAAGGUGUACCGAUAUUUCAUCUAACCUUCCUGGUAUAGUUUUCUCACAGAGCUGUGUUUGAUAUCCUUUGUUGAACAGCACACUGGUGCACUGGCAUGCCAGAAAUUCCAGCGUUUGCUUACCAGACGUUGGGAGAUGCUAGACUACGGUAUGAAGACGGUGAACGCAUUUACUACAGUUGUAAACCAGGAUAUAUCAUGGUGGGUACUCCGGAGAGGCAAUGCGUCUCGGGUCAGUGGUCUCCAGUCACUUUUAACUGUACUGGUAAGUAGGGGUAGGGUGAGGAGAAAGGAAGGGAGGGUAUUCUAGUGCGAAUUAUAGGGUAGGACAAGUGUAACAAUGCUUUCAAAAGCGCACCUGUGCACGUCAUAUGUAUAUUUUUUCUAUGAUUAGAAUUUGUGGGAAGAGUAACUUCUGGUUUUCACCUGCGAAUGUCAUGAUCACUCAGCGAACAAAGUUAGCAGUAUGCACAGUUUCAGAAAGUCUGAAAUUCAGCAGAAUUAACCAAUCACAAUGCUUAUUCGCUGUUACCCUAAAUUUUAGCGCAAACUAAAAUAUACAAGACGAUUGUCGUGAAACCGACUGACUUUUUACUUGGUUUACUUCAAAUUCUCUUUGGCUUGGACGCGUUACGGAAACGAGAGAUCAAGUUUUAAAGUUAAUUUAGUUAUGAUAUGGAGCUCCGUUUUAUGGUAACGUACGUUUUAAAAGAUUUUAAUACUUUCUACCUUUUAAAAGCUCUUGCAGUAUUCAAUAACGCGCCCUUUUCGUCUAAGGCUCCCCACGUUAUUGUUGUAUUGUCAAAUCUGUAUUCAGGUGACCUGAAUGACAGGGUGCCUCAUUUGUUUGUUUGUUUGUUUAUUUUUCUUUUUUCAUUUCUUUGACUCUGAAAAUAGAGCUGAAUCGAAAAAGAUUCCCAUAUGAAAGCCUAAAGCGUUCACGUUUGAGAUAUCAUCAAUUCAGCUUAUAAGUUGUUUUACGCGAGAUAUUUCGACCUUGUAGUGUCGAACUUUUGCCUUUGCUCACAUUGUCUUAUUGCCAUGAAAUGAGCGGUCUGCAGGCAAUGAAUAAUUUCACCCCUUCUAAUGACAACCUUUCUCGGACGGCUGUAUUUUAAGUCUGUAUUUUAAGCGUUUUUUCCCAAUUAGUUUUGCUAUAUUUUAUUUCCUUUUAAUUCGUUUCAGUGUAAUUUCACUACGUAACAUUCUUUUAAACAAUAUUUUUAAUAUUUUAAACAUUUCUUGUAAAGCGCCAUUGGGUAUCACUGGAAGUGGCGCUAUAGGAAUAAAUUAUUAUUAUUGUUAUCAUUAUUAUUAUUAUUAUCUAUUUUUAUGGUAUUUUGCUGAUCAUGGACAUACCUUACGAAGUGUUAGAUUGUAUACAUCUUUAUUUCCCAGGGCCCCUUUAUGGAUACCAGUCUCUUUGCUGGAUGGGCUACCCUGGCUAGAUUAAGUGAAUUGGAUAUAUGACGUAUCUACUUAGAAGAGUAUCACGAACCAGUUUUUUGCACUUUCAACAGGUUUAUUCGGUAUACUGUAAAUUUCUCUGAACACACUUGAAACAUUUAAGACUCCGAGAGAGAGAUAGAGACAGUCACAAAAACAUGGUUACAUUUUCUGCUCUAUCUUGAUGUUGUCCUCGUCUAAUACCGCGUGGCCGCUUAUAUACCUAAAAAUGUCCUUGUGGGAGUUAAUUAACACUAUGUAAUAACCGCUAUUUUAACAUUUCCACGCAGUAACGCUCCUACUAGCUUUGGGCGGAAUGCAAAACAUAAAGUUACUUACCUACUUACUAAGUCAUAUUCGGCGCAGCCUUUAGCGGAAUCACAACUCUGACCUCUUCCGUAAUAAAUUUAUUUAGCCUAUUUGAAACUUGUUUACGCCAAUUUUUCCUAUUUUAGAGCCGAGUUGCAAUGCUCCUAAAGCCCCCAAAUUGUCAUACGUCACUCACGGGCGUGGCUCACAGAGCAAAUAUUUGAAUGGCGAGAAAGUCUACUACAGCUGCCAAUCAGGUUACAAACUAGUGGGUAUUCCUCUUGUGGAGUGCCGAAAUGGUGUCUGGAGAGUUCCAAAAUUCCGUUGCCAAGGUAGCGUUUCUUCUCAUUUAUUAUUUAUUUAAUAACGUGAUAAAUAUUAGUAAAGGGGUUAGUCUCUUGAAACUGCAUGCUUUACUGCGUAGCUACUGUAGACUGUUUGAAGCAAAAUUGAAGUUUUAUCAAUAGAAUCGAGUCUGUUUUUUGAUCGUGGGGUUCAAUUCUUUACGAUCUCAACUAGUUCGCACAUCAAAACUCAAAGAGCGCAAAAACACAGAAUUGAUCUGUUUUUUGGAUUAUUAUUCAUAUUCUCAUACAUAUAUUGGAAUUGGAAUGUUUUAGUUUCGGUGUAGCUUUUGAUGUCAGGUUUAUGUAAUUCCCCGAUGAGUCGUUUUAACAUUACCAUGCAACUGUUGGUUGGAAUUAAUAUCAACAUAUUUCUUUGGUUCAUUCCCUUAAUUUCGCUUUUUUCUUAUAUUAGCUGUUUCAUGUGGCAGUCUUUCAACACCGUUAAAUGGAUUCAUUCGAAGGAGUACAGGAACAACCUAUAACGCGCUGUUUGUGUUCGGGUGUAAUAAGGAUCAAGGUUAUCUCUUGAGGGGUUCUGCAGAGAGAAGAUGUCUUGCAAACGCAACCUGGAGUGGAAAUCAACCCACAUGUUACCGUAAGUAAGCUUGCAUAUGUUAUUUGCUAUUCAGUUUACGCGCCAUCCUGGAGUAGAAAUAGAAUGAGACAAGAAUUCGUUAGGGACAUAAUUAUAUCGCUUUCUUUUCUAAAAUAUAAGCUCUUUGAGUCUGAGUAAUGUAGCCGUCAAAAUCCGGGCACUAUCAUCGUAUACUACACAAAACUAACGUACACUACACAAAAUCCGGGCACUAACGUAUAGCGACAGCAAAUCAAGGAGGGUAGGGUAACAAAAUGCGUUUUCUGACUUAAUGCAAGUUAAAAAAGUCUCAUUUGUGAGCAGUAACUAAGCAUUCAAUUGACCACUCGAUACUGACUAGAAUUAGCCAGGGUAAAUUAGCGAAAACGUACUGUGAAAACCCUGUUUACAGUGACCAGUUUAGCCAGAACGGGCAUCUCGGUUUUGACAGUAUUCUUAGUCCCUGGGGAAAGUCCUCACAUGCAUUGCCUUAACAUGGGUAGGUAAUUAGGUGAUUAAGGAAAAUACAGUUUACUAACGUUUCUUAGGAUGUUCUCAUGUCGUUUUCCUCUUUCAUUCUUUUUUUUUUUUUCAGUGCAAAGAUGCGCCACUCCUGAUGAGCCCAGUUUCGGUAAAGUGGCUUUCAGGUCUGAAAACAAUUAUUUCUUUGGUGAUACAGUUCGCUAUAAGUGUAACUAUCAAUUCUCUCUUCGUGGCCACAAAACAACGAGAUGCCAGAUUCAUGGAAAUUGGAGCAAUCCUGUCCCUGAAUGCAUUAGUAAGUUAACAUAUUUCAAUUACAUUUAUAGCUACGUGCAAACGGACGGCCAACAAUGUUGGGAGUUGUUCCGUAGGUUUAAUGGUUUUCAUGCCCAACGACAUGCAACAACAUGCAACAACAUGCAACAUGGUGUGCAAACGGACCCAACAUGUAACAUUCAACAACGUUGAGUCCGUUUGUACUGGGCCUUUAUUUUCAUGGCACUUUUGAGUUAAAGGAUCUAAAAUCAAAGCUUUGCUUUGCGGACAAACGCAAAAAUUUUGGUUUUUGAUUAAUACACAUUUCAAACUAUAAUAGCAGUGUCUCAAUUGCGUUAUGUUGUCACUAUAGUGACCAUCUACUACAUUACGAGACUAACAAGAAGAAUUUUUGUAUUCAAACAAACAACAAAUUCUUGUUGAGCUAAUAAGAAUAGGACAACAAAAUAGACAGCCGCCUGUACCUAUUGAGCCGAUUAUUAAAGUGGCUCGUUACAGUUAAACUUUAACUGUAACGAGCCACUUUAAUAAUCGGCUCAAUAGGUACAGGCGUCUGUCUAUUUUGUUGUCCCAUUCUUAUUAGCUCAACAAGAAUUUGUUCAUAAUCUCCAAAAACAGAACGGGGGACUCGACCUACGUGCAGUCAAUCUUGCAAUUCCAAUAGCAAAUGAGUUUCUAUAUUUUUGUUUCGUCAGUGGUCUCUAAGAGAAUGUUCCAUGUCUCCAAAAUCUCUGUCGUUAGUGUUGUUAAAAUACAAGCUAUAGCCACGCACAGGACUGAAAAGAUCGGCAUUUCAUUUUCCUUGAUUGUUGAGUCGGUUUUAUAUAUCAACUGCUUCUUGAGAACUAAAACACUAAUUCGUCUCUUUGACAGGAUGUUAUUCGUCUCUUGGUUUGAAAAACAGAAUGAUAUUCAGCAGCCAGCUGUCUGCAUCCUCCUCAAGGGAUUCCCGUCAUAGCCCAAGAUAUGGCCGUCUCUAUGGCAACCGCGCCUGGUGUUCGGCUAGAAGCAGUUUGCCAAAAUAUUUCCAGGUUCUUAGAAUUCCUUUUUUUUUUUGCUAAAUUUAUUUCUGAGAGAAAUAAUUGGUUCCAUAUCGAAAGUGAUCGAUUUAUUGCAAACAGAGCUCUCUCAAAACAAAUAAACAAAUAAAUAAAUAAACAAAAACACCUUCAUCGACAUCAAUAAGACGUGAUAAAUGUGUAAAGGAUCUUUAAUGAUAAUACUGUACAGUGGAAUUCCGAGCUUAGAAAGAUCGUUGCUACAACUAAAGUAUUUGCUUUGUGUUUAUUAUUAUUAUUAUUAUUAUUAUUAUUAUUAUUAUUAUUAUUUUAUAGAGAAAAUUGGAGUAACUUUUUUCCAUGCUUAGCUUUAUCAGUGUUCGAUGAUUUAUAAGCUGAGUAUUGUGGAAUGCUACAAUUAUAGAUUGAUUUUGGCCGCACAACAGAAGUUACUGCUGUAGCCACUCAAGGUCAUCCAAAAGAAUACAAAUGGAUGGCUGAAUAUGUGCUGCAAUUCUCACUUGGAAAACAAUGGCUUACUUAUCAGGAGUCAGGCCGUGAUAAGGUAUUGACAACUUAGUUAUUCGGUUCGGCUCCCAACGAAAAUAUAUAAUUAAAAUUAACAGCGCUAGCAGACUUUCCAACCAAAUAUCCAGAGAGGGAUAGGCCCAGUUUCCAUUCUGAGGUGAGGCUGUAGACACUGUAUUGUCAAGGAACAACAUGUGGCGCCACUGGCAAAGAAAAUAGAAAACUAACUCUGAUAUGAUUUAUUCUGUGAACAUGUUAUAUGGUGGUAACGCGAAAGACAAACUCCGAGGGAAUUUAGUGGGGUAGGGGAGGGGGAGGGCAAUUAAAGACAGGUAAACGGGUGGACUACAAGUUUUUCCCUCCCGAUUAAAAGCCUUCAGUACCACAGAUAAUAUAAUAGUCACAAAGUGCUUUUUUUCUAGUUUCUAAUUUGUAUUCAUUAAAUGUAGGUGUUCCAAGGUAAUAGAAACAGAAACUCCGUGGUUAAACAUUUCAUAAAAGAGCAACUUGUAACCAAGCAACUGAGAAUACUACGCCAUCAAAUCUCACAGGACUUCAUGGGGUCCUCUGUUUGCCUGAGAGCUGAAGUAUACGGAUGCUAUUUUGAUUCUAGUAAGUUUAUCUUAAUAGACCUUUUUACCGAUACGGCGGCCGCAUUGAAUUAAUUCGACUUAAGGAGUAUUAUAGGAUGCCCAGGGGGUAUGAGCACAUUUUGUUGGUAUUUUCGAGCGCUUUUCGGGACAUAAAUUUUUUUCUUAAAGUUUUCUUAGAAUAAGAUUGAAAUGGGAAAAAGGAUCCUUGUGCCGUGUUUGGAUGUAGUAAUGAUCGCCUUUUUCUAGUUUAGUAGUAGAAAUAUGGUCUUUCACUGUAUAUUUCUCGGAAAGAAGGCGAUCAUUAUUACAUCGAAACACGGCACAAGGAUUUUUUCCCCAUUAAAAUCUUAUUCUAAGAAAACUUUAAGAAGAAAUGUCCCGAAAAGCACUCGAAAAUACAAACGAAAUGUGCACAUGCCCCCUGGGCAUCCCAUAAUACUCCUCAAAUCGAAUUAAUUCAAUAUGGCCGCCGUAUCGGUAAAAAGGUCUAUUGAGUAUUACACUUGUAUCACGACAAAUGGAUGCUUUAUGACAUAUCUAACAGAUUUAAAAAAUGGCGGACCGAUCGCUGGCGCUACUGAAGUAAGCACAGAGAGUUAUUCUCACGUCCGAGAAUACUCUUGCAGGGAAAGUUACCUCCAAAUAUGAGUUUCUGAUGUUUUAAUACGAUGCGAAAAGGCUGAUAAGGACGCAGAUCUUUUAUUGCAGUUAUGUUAAUAUUUCCAAAAAACACUUAAGUGUUGACUGCAGCGCGGCUUAAGGUGGCUCCAGAAACUGUUACGCCGCAUUAAAAUAAUAGUCCCUUUUUUCUGUUUUGUCACCGGCUGCAGAGGCAUGGGAAACAUGCCCGUGAAAAAAACAAAAGCAACAAACUAAGAGACAUGAAGCCCGAGCUACAAAAUUUCCACGGUCUAAUCAGCACUUUACACGUGCGCACAGUCAUGUUACACGGUCAUGCAGGUAAGGACCCUGGUGUGAUGGCUGUGUGCAAGGAUAAGAGUUUGCUAGACCGCGGAGAUUGUAGAGUACCUGCUUCUUGUUGCUUUGAAAAGCUGGGACGUGGGCCUUUUAAGCAAGGACUUUCAACACUUGGGCCAUGCUUAACACUAGUCUUUUAGCCAAACUGUUUUCCAGAGUUCUUCCCGCUUUUUCUUGUGCGCGCGUGUUUGUGACCCACCAAUCUCUCACCCGGAGUCCUGGGGCUCUUUAGUCAGCGAGUGGUCACCAGGAAAACCUGGCCUUCUCCUGAGGUCACUCGGUUCGAGAUUGGUGACGCAGUAGAUGAACUUUCAAGACAUCACUCUAGCCCCUGAUAGAAGAAAAACGAUCUGGUGUCAAACAAGGUUUUUUUUCUUAUUUUUUUAGGCUGUCUUACCGUCGGAUCGGAGGUGUUAGCACGUUGGAAUUCCCUCAAGAAUCCUACGCGCUAUUUUCACGGCUUCAUCGCAAAAAUUCGUAAAACAAGUGUUGACGUGACCCCCUCGGGUAAACACAACGCACGCGUCAACGAUAUCGUGGAACUUCCCAGAGCUGAGAAACAUUACGUAAUAAAAGACGAAACAUCAAAGGAGAAUGACAUUAAAACAGGAGCAGAAGUCAUUGUGACGUCACAAGAUGGCAUGGGGUUUUCUCGUGGUAAAGUUGAUAGGAUUUUUGGAAGGUCCGUUAAGUGGUACGAAGUUCAACUGGGAGACGGAAAGAACGUCUGGAGAAAGGCAAGCGAGAUGCGACUUUUGAUAAGUCCCGUAUACUGUGACAGAGAAUGA